AUGUCCUCGGACGACGCCUAUGCGGCUUUCCUUGAUAAGGCCAAUGAAGAUCCGAGUGGCGGUCGCGCCGACCGCACAAACGGAGCCCAUGCAAGGGGUGCGAACGGCGCGAACGGCCUGAAUGGAAAUCACCCUGGCGUAAGCCAGACGGAGGUCCCGCAGAGACUCGUCACGGCCGCCAGGGAUCGUUUCUACGUUAGUGAUUCGGACGAGCCUUGGGUGCCGGUGAGUUACGGCAUUGGCGAGGCGAGCAGCCUCCCUACAGAGGGGCUCAACAAGCCCGCCGACAGUAUCACGAUCCUCGACCCUGUGGACUGGGAUUCCCGGGGCCAAUACAAGCCUCUGAUUGACGAACUUCGGGUUGAGUCCAGGGGCAAUGACGUUCGCGUGUACCGUGUGCAGAUCGAUUCGGUGCGGGUUGAGUACUGGCUGGUGUCGCAUCUUGACGGCAAUCUCCUGGGCUACAAGGCCAAGGCGGUUGAGAGCUAG